CUCGGAGAACCCACCCGGGUGCGCGGAGGAGGGAGCGGCCGGGGGCUGCGGAGCCCGGCGCCGCGCCGGGCGGGGGGGCGGCCAAUUGGACGGCGGGCCCGGCGCGCGCGGAGCCAGGCGACAUGGAGGCAGGCGCGGCAGCCAGCCGCCCGUGACGCGCCGCUCCAUCCCGGUGGUCGGUGAGGCCGAACCGGCCCGGGCUCCGCAGCGCGGAGAUGAGCAGGUCGGCGGCGCUCCUGCUCUGCCUGCUGGGCUGCCACGUCUGGAAGGCGGUGACCAAGACGCUGCGGGAUCCAGGCGCGGGAGCCCAAGAGGUCACCCUGAAGGUCCACGUCAGUGAUGCCAGCACCCAUCAGCCAGUCCCGGAUGCGCGCAUCGACAUUUUCACCAACCAGGUCUCCAUCGCCUCUGGCACCUCAGGGACAGAUGGUGUCGUCUUCAUCAAGUUCCGGUAUAAGCUGGGCAGUCAGCUGAUCGUCACCGCCACGAAACACGCCUAUGUGCCAAACUCUGCCCCAUGGAAGCCAAUCCGAUUACCUGUGUUUUCUUCCCUGAGCCUCGGUCUGCUUCCGGAACGGUCCGCCACUCUAAUGGUUUAUGAAGAUGUUGUCCAGAUAGUCUCAGGAUUCCAAGGUGCCCGGCCGCAGCCACGCGUUCAUUUCCAGCGGAGGUCACUGCGGCUGCCCGAGAACACCAGCUACAGCGACCUGACCGCCUUCCUCACUGCCGCCAGCUCCCCCUCCGAGGUGGACAGUUUUCCAUACUUGCGAGGAUUAGAUGGAAACGGAACAGUUUUGGAGAUGGUCCCCACGGCCCCACGCAGGUCUUUGUGUGCAUGUGAUGGAGAAUGCCUCUUGCUUCCAGGAAACGGCACCAGGUACGACCUGAGCCCAGUCACGGCCGUCAGUGUGCACUUGCUCGGCAGUGACGGAACGCCGGUGCUGGUGGAUGGCCCCAUUUAUGUCACCGUGCCCCUGGCCACACAGAGCAGUCUGAGGCACAAUGCCUACGUCGCAGCGUGGCGAUUUGACCAGAAGCUGGGAACGUGGCUGAAGAGUGGUCUAGGCCUCGUGCACCAGGAGGGCAGCCAGCUGACGUGGACGUACAUCGCCCCUCAGUUGGGGUACUGGGUGGCGGCCAUGCCUCCUCCCAACCCAGGUCCCGUGGUCACACAGGACAUCACCACGUAUCACACGGUGUUUCUUUUGGCCAUUUUAGGAGGAAUGGCUUUCAUACUUUUGGUUUUGCUGUGUCUCCUUUUAUAUUACUGCAGGCGGAAGUGCUUGAAACCUCGUCAGCACCACAGAAAACUGCAGCUUCCCGCGGCCCUGGAGAGUUCCAAAAGAGAUCAGUCCACCUCCAUGUCUCACAUCAACUUGCUGUUCUCCCGUCGGGAGUCGGAAUUCCCCGGCCCGCUCUCCGUCACCAGCCACAGCCGCCCGGACGCCCCGGGCACCAAGGAGCUGAUGAGCGGGGUCCAUUUGGAAAUGAUGUCUUCCAACGGAGAAGUGGACAUGCACACCCCCAUGCUAAAGCUUUCCUACAGCACCUCCCAAGAAUUCAGCUCUCGGGAGGAGCUGCUGUCGCAUAAGGAAGAGGAUAAAAGCCAGAUCUCCUUUGAUAACCUGACGACAAGCGGGACGCUGGGGAAAGACUACCAUAAGUCCGUGGAGAUUUUCCCUUUAAAGGCCAGGAAAUCUGUGGAGAGGGAAGGCUAUGAGUCCCCCGGCAGCAGUGACUACAGGAGGAGUUACAAUGCCAUGCUGUCACAGCCUUUGUUUGAGAAGCAAGACAGAGACAGUCAGGCCUCCAUUACCCAUAUUUCCACAGCGAGUAAGCUUACCAUUCAGGAACACAUGUACCCCACGCCCUCCUCUCCCGAAAAAGAACAGCUGCUUGACCGCAGACCUACUGAAUGUAUGAUGUCGAGAUCCGUAGACCACCUGGAAAGGCCUACAUCUUUUCCGCGGCCCGGCCAGUUGGUGUGCUGCAGUUCUGUUGACCAGGUCAAUGACAGCGUUUACAGAAAAGUGUUGCCUGCCUUGGUCAUCCCCGCUCACUACAUGAAACUCCCUGGGGACCACUCAUACGUGGGCCAGCCCCUGGUCGUCCCAGCAGACCAGCAGCUUGAAAUCGAGAGACUGCAGGCUGAGCUCUCCAGCCCCCAUGCGGGGAUCUUCCCGCACCCCUCCUCCCAGAUCCAAGCCCAACCCUUAUCGUGCCAGGCAAUCUCUCAGCAGCACUUGCAAGAUGCAGGCAGCCGGGAGUGGAGCCCGCAGAACGCGUCCAUGUCGGAGUCUCUGUCCAUCCCAGCAUCCCUGAACGAUGCGGCCUUGGCCCAGAUGAACAGCGAGGUCCAGCUCCUAACCGAGAAGGCCCUGAUGGAACUCGGCGGCGGGAAGCCGCUCCCACACCCCCGGGCCUGGUUUGUCUCCCUGGACGGCAGGUCCAACGCGCAUGUUAGACACUCUUACAUAGAUCUCCAAAGAGCUGGAAGGAACGGAAGUAAUGAUGCCAGUUUGGACUCUGGCGUGGAUAUGAAUGAACCAAAAUCUGCCCGGAAGGGAAGAGGAGAUCCUUUGUCUCUCCCGCAGAACCACCCACCGGUCCAGGAGCAUUCUCAGAAGGAGCCGAGGGCGGCGGACAGCACUGCCUACACGCAGCUCGUGUACCUGGAAGACAUGGACCAAAGUGGCAGCGAGUGUGGCACCACUGUCUGCACCCCCGAUGACAGUGCCCUUCGAUGCUUGUUGGACAGCUCUAGCCGGAGAAGUGGCGGCCAGCUGCCCAGCCUGCAGGAGGAGACCACCAGACGAACUGCGGAUGUCCCCGCAGAGCCCUUAGCCAGCCCCGAUCAGAGAAGAUCUGCUCACGAGGACGAUGAAGAUGAUGACGACGAUGAUCAAGGAGAGGACAAGAAGAGCCCCUGGCAGAAGCGGGAAGAGAGACCCCUGAUGGCAUUUAACAUUAAAUGAGUGCCCGUAGAGUCACCCUAUCUAACAAAAUUGCCAAAAAGUCUUACUGCGGGAAGUGCAUGUGUUUGUGGAGGAAGUCGAAUGAGGGCAACCAUGGCCAGUGGACGUUUCCAUUAUCGUUCACGUAAACAUUGGAAAGGAAUCACAGCGGUGACUCCAAAGAAAGGAGACGGUUAGUUAAGGGAUGCCUCGCCACCUGGGAGGUGGCUGAACGUAGUGUCUGAAUGUCCUUCCAUGUACUUGAUGUGUCCCCGCUCUGAGGACACUGAAAAACCCUAAGUGAUAUUGCUGGGUUCUAAUGAUAACCUCAGUUUUCCUUCAGAUUCUGGGAACAGAUGAAACUCUUUUUGCAUUGCUCGAGUCAGUUUUAUCAUGAUGAUGCUCCUAUGAAGUUAUGAUUGAGAAAUUAGCUUGGCACUUAGUGUCUCGAGGUACUCAUUACCUCAAAGGGAAGCUAUGCAUUGCUGCUUUGUGCUCUCACUUUGCUGAGGUUUUUGCUUUGCUUGGGUUUCAUUUCUGGUUCACUAUUUUUAUAAAACCCGGUUUGGUUGUCAA